AUGCGCGCCGGGCCGCGGCGGCUACGCGGACGAAACCGCCUCUUUCGCGCCGUCUCCCUUCACGGGUACCCCGGCUCUCUGCCCCUCCUUCCCGUGGCGCUCGAGGGACCAUGGCCGAUCCUCGCGUGAGGCAGAUCAAGAUCAAAACCGGCGUGGUGAAGCGGUCUGCCUGUCACAAGAAAGUAGGCUCACCUUUUGGAGAAGACUUCUUUCUAGUAUUGGUCAAAGAAAAAAUGAUGUAUGAAAAAGAAGCAAAACAACAAGAAGAAAAGAUUGAAAAAAUGAAAGCCGAAGAUGGUGAAAAUUAUGCUAUUAAAAAGCAGGCGGAGAUCCUGCAAGAGUCCCGCAUGAUGAUCCCAGAUUGCCAGCGCAGGUUGGAAGCUGCAUACAGUGACCUUCUGCAAUUAUUAGAGAGUGAAAAAGACUUGGAAGAAGCUGUGGAAUAUAAGGAGGCACGUGUAGUACUGGAUUCAGUGAAGUUAGAAGCCUGAAGUUUUUCUGUACAGGGUGUUUUUGCAUUAAAUCCUGGGAUCCAUUCCACAAUUCAUUAUUUUUGACCACUGCUGUGUGUUCAGGUAGUAUGAGAAUGUGAUUCUUCUUAUGCAGUGCAUAUAUUUUUCUUUGCCUAAUUUAAUGUGUCAAAUAAAUGAGUUCAUCUAAUAAAAUUGCUUCUUUCAUACUUUA